CACGGGCCCCCAUGUGAGCCGAUUGCAACACAUGCAGCGCGGAGAGGGGGAGCGCGAGCAGCCGGUGUCCGACGUCAGCGCCGCCGCCAGCCGCGCGCCGCCGGGGGGGAGCGGGCCUGAGGCCGCAGCCGCCGCCGCAGCAGGAGGAGGAGGAGGAGGAGGAGGGAGAAGAUGGCGGACGAUCCCAGCGCUGCCGACCGCAACGUGGAGAUCUGGAAGAUCAAGAAGCUCAUCAAGAGCCUGGAGGCGGCCCGAGGCAAUGGUACCAGCAUGAUAUCGUUGAUCAUUCCCCCCAAAGACCAGAUUUCGCGAGUGGCAAAAAUGUUAGCGGAUGAGUUUGGCACCGCCUCCAACAUUAAGUCUCGAGUGAAUCGCCUUUCAGUACUGGGAGCCAUUACAUCUGUACAGCAAAGACUGAAACUCUAUAACAAAGUACCUCCAAAUGGUCUGGUUGUUUACUGUGGAACAAUUGUGACAGAAGAAGGAAAAGAGAAGAAAGUCAACAUUGACUUCGAACCUUUCAAACCAAUCAAUACGUCGUUGUAUUUGUGUGACAACAAAUUCCACACGGAGGCUCUUACAGCGCUGCUUUCCGACGACAGCAAGUUUGGCUUUAUUGUAAUAGAUGGUAGCGGUGCACUCUUUGGAACUCUUCAAGGAAACACAAGAGAAGUCCUGCACAAAUUCACUGUGGAUCUUCCAAAGAAGCACGGUAGAGGAGGUCAGUCUGCCUUGCGUUUUGCUCGUUUGCGAAUGGAAAAACGACACAACUACGUAAGGAAGGUAGCGGAGACGGCUGUGCAACUGUUCAUUUCUGGCGACAAGGUGAACGUGGCUGGUCUCGUUUUAGCUGGAUCAGCUGACUUCAAAACUGAAUUAAGUCAAUCUGACAUGUUUGAUCAGCGGUUGCAAUCCAAAGUGCUCAAACUAGUUGACAUUUCGUAUGGAGGAGAAAAUGGAUUCAAUCAAGCAAUCGAGUUGUCAACUGAGGUCCUCUCCAAUGUGAAAUUCAUUCAAGAGAAGAAACUAAUAGGACGAUACUUCGAUGAAAUCAGUCAGGACACGGGGAAGUACUGUUUUGGCGUUGAAGAUACAUUAAAAGCUUUGGAAAUGGGAGCAGUAGAGAUCCUGAUAGUCUAUGAAAAUCUGGAUAUAAUGAGAUACGUUCUGCACUGCCAAGGCACGGAGGAGGAGAAGAUCCUGUAUUUGACACCAGAGCAAGAGAAGGAUAAAUCCCACUUCACAGAUAAAGAGACUGGCCAGGAACACGAACUGAUAGAAAGUAUGCCCCUGCUGGAGUGGUUUGCAAACAACUACAAGAAAUUUGGAGCAACAUUGGAAAUUGUGACAGACAAAUCACAGGAAGGAUCCCAAUUUGUGAAAGGAUUUGGAGGAAUUGGAGGUAUCUUGCGGUACCGAGUGGACUUCCAGGGAAUGGAAUACCAAGGAGGAGACGACGAAUUUUUUGACCUCGAUGACUACUAGGUAGUCGACCUGGGUCCGGCAAAACGUGCCUCGCCCCUCCAGCAUCCAACCCAAGGAGCAAAACUCAUGGUGGAAAAACACAACAGAUCCCUGCCUUAGAAUUGGAACAUUUCCAGAACUUGAUCCACAAGCAUUGGAUUUAAAAAAGCAAAACCCUACACUUUGAUUUGUCAUAGUGUCAGUACAGCAGCAAACUACUAAGUUCCUAUAUGCCACUCUGGACUAAUUUAAAAAGAAUCCCAGUUUUUACUUUUACUCGAUGGUGAAAUUGGUUGCUCUUGUAUUUUAUGAAAACGAUUUUUUUUUUUUUUAACCUUCAUGAUACAUUAACUGCUGUAAACCUCUUCCUUCCAAAAAAAAAAAAAAAAAUUAAUAGAAGUAAGAUCCUACUGGUUUGUUUCUUUUCCCUUUGAUUGGAGAAAAUCAACCGCCGCGUUUUGCGGCCGCGUGACCCAUUUACAUGGCAUCCUCAGCUUAGGCUGCGGAAGAAGAAACGUAAUGAAAUCGGAGCCAUUCGUUCUCUUCACAAAGAGCGGGGAGGCGCUUCCCUCGAGUGCUGGCUUGUAACGCGUGGCUUGCAAAUUCAGGUGGUUUGGGGAGGCCCACCGGCCAAACGUGCUUUAAUCUGUUUGCGGAAGCGCUGCUCUGACAAACUAGGAAACGCACUUCACUGAUUGCGCUGAAAAUGCUGCUGGAGUCUUGGGCUUAAUUUGGAUUUGAGCAGUGCAGCCUUCAGGAUUUACUAUUUUUUUUUUUUUUUUUCCAGUCUUGACAAAAAUAAAAAUACAGUUGAAGUGAA